AUGGAGGCUCAACAACUCUCGACUAUCACAUUCGACAACAUGGCCUCUUCAGCCUCCCCUCAGUUCCUCAACCCAGACGAUCUCACCAGCACCACAUCACCGUCACCGUCUCCUGCUUUUGAAAGCGACAACCACAACAGCAUUACCAUGACCACAUCUCAUGACGCCGUUGUCGUGCAUUCGAAGCCGGCAAAGAAGCGGAAGUCAUGGGGUCAAGCACUACCAGAGCCCAAGACGAUGCUGCCUCCUCGCAAGCGUGCCAAGACCGACGACGAGAAAGAGCAACGGCGGAUAGAACGCAUAAAGCGAAAUCGCGCCGCAGCACACAACUCUCGAGAACGCAAGCGGCAAGAGACCGAAACGCUCGCCGUCGCUCUAGCCCGCGCAAACGCCGAGCUAAACGCAUACCGCUCGCUUCACGGGCCCCUCCCUUCACAUAUAGUGCUGCCAGAAGUCACACUCGACAACGGCGAGACGCCAGUACCCUCUCUGAUGGAAACGGAAGAAGACGACUCACCCUCACCGGACUCCCCUCCAGAAGACAUCAUCAAACAAGAACCAGUCGACUCCCUCCCCUCCUUCAUGGCCCCGAACUUCGAGUACAUCGAUGCCAAAGCCUCCACUCAGCUCUCCCUCGACCCGACACAACAUUCUGCAGCAAUGUUGUGCGACCUGCCGUGUCGGUCGAGCCCAGCGAGCAAGCGAGUGGCCCUAGCUUCCACAACAUCGAUUUCUCCCAGCUCCUUCUGGGCAACCCUCUUCCUGCGUCUCAUGACGCUGCAGCUCCAGACCUGCUACAAGACUAUCCUGCUAGCCAUCUGGAGCCUUUCGCCUUCGCGGAUGGCGCGCUCGAUGCAAGCCUCAAUCCUGCGCUCGACUUCAGCUUCGACGACUUCAUCCACCACCACGACGACGGCUUCGCUACUGUUGCAGUCGAUGGCCAUGGCGCGCUCUAGGGCAGCGACUGGCCGUCCGGCUUUGCGACGGGGUGCUUCGGCGCUUCAUGCGCGGCCGUCUGUUCGUGGCGAUGAUGAGGUCGCUCAGAGGUCGAAUGUCGAGACGGCAGUUGCGAGACAAGGUAGUGAUAGCGUUUAUCAUCAGCGGGCGUUUGGGAAGCAGGGUACGCACGAUCAGGAUGAUGGGAAAAGGGAAGGUGAAUGA